CCGGGUUCCGGCUGCGUUGGGCGUGCGUGCAGCUCGCUGAGACUAUGGCGUCCGGGCCUCACCCGACCGCGACCGCUGCCGCCGCCUCCUCGUCGGCCGCCCCGAGUGCGGGCGGCUCUAGCUCCGGGACGACGACCACGACGACGACUACGACGGGAGGGAUCCUGAUCGGCGACCGCCUGUACUCGGAAGUUUCGCUCACCAUCGACCACUCGCUGAUUCCGGAGGAGCGGCUCUCCCCUACCCCGUCUAUGCAGGACGGGCUCGACCUGCCCAGCGAGACCGACUUGCGCAUCCUGGGCUGCGAGCUCAUCCAAGCCGCCGGCAUUCUCCUCCGGUUGCCGCAGGUGGCGAUGGCAACGGGGCAGGUGUUGUUUCAUCGUUUUUUCUACUCCAAGUCUUUCGUCAAACACAGUUUCGAGAUUGUUGCCAUGGCUUGUAUUAAUCUUGCAUCAAAAAUUGAAGAAGCACCUAGAAGAAUAAGAGAUGUGAUUAAUGUAUUUCACCACCUACGCCAGUUAAGAGGAAAAAGCGACCAGCUACAUUUACCAAAGCCUGGGUGAUGUGGAGUGGUACAUAGAGAUGAAGCUGUCGUCAUGGCAACAGUGAGUGAAGUAUCGAAAAUCCCCAAGGAGAAGCCAGUGCUCUGAGAAUAGGUCACUGGAAUCGGGGACUAACAGGUUGGCCACUGGUGAACCAUUUAGAAAAACUCCUGUUUCUUGUUAUAAGCUUUUGUCUUUGCUGUCCAAGUUAUUAGAAACUAUAGCUUGGUGUGUUUUUAUCUAGAGUAGUGCCAUUAGAAAGUAUUGUUGGUAUUCCAUUUUAGUUAGAUAAAUAGUAUAUCAGUUUAAUGAUGCUGUUUUAAUCUGGUUUAUGCAUAGCUUUAAGUUGUAGUCUGAUCUUGGUAAUGACAGAGGACGCAUCAUUUUUGUAGCCUUUAGGUCAUUGUUUUUCAGUCCUGGUUACACAUUAGAAUCACCAGAGGAGCUUUUAGAAAGUAUCAAUGCCCAAGCCCUGUCCUGGAUUAUUUCUCCCUCCCCCCUUCAAUUUUUCUGUAGUUUCAUAAUUGCCUCCUAAGGUCAGAAUAAAUGGCUGAAUU